GGUUCUGAAAUUCACUGUUUUACUUUUGUGUUGAGAGGUACAAUUUCAAGGUAAAGAUGGCUACAGUAAUUGGGUGCUCUGUUGAGUCUUUAAAAGGAAAUCAAGGUGUUGGAGCCACAAAGGUAAUAAUAUCUCUCGACCCCAUCCAAUUGAAUGCCAAUCCAUGUCAGAGACCGGGAAAAGGGGCGCUUACAGAACCUAAACAGAGACAUCUUCUGUUGUGUUUCUCCAUCUAUAUAUCAGAGUGACGCCAAGAGAGCAGCUUUUGUGAUCAUACUGAUCAUGAUCAUAUCGCCAUGUUGUGAUAAGGCCGGGUUGAAGAAAGGGCCUUGGACUCCAGAAGAGGAUCAGAAACUUUUGGCUUAUAUUGAAGAACAUGGCCAUGGAAGCUGGCGUUCUUUGCCUGAGAAAGCCGGUCUCCAAAGGUGUGGAAAGAGUUGCAGACUCAGAUGGACUAACUACCUAAGACCUGACAUCAAGAGAGGCAAAUUCACUGUACAAGAAGAACAAACCAUCAUUCAACUCCACGCUCUCCUCGGAAACAGGUGGUCAGCGAUUGCAACUCAUUUACCAAAGAGGACAGACAACGAGAUCAAGAACUACUGGAACACACACUUGAAGAAACGUCUGAUCAAAAUGGGGAUAGAUCCAGUGACUCACAAGCACAAAAACGAGACUCUUUCGUCUUCCACAGGACAAUCAAAGAACGCAGCCACGCUUAGUCAUAUGGCUCAAUGGGAGAGUGCAAGACUCGAAGCUGAAGCAAGGCUAGCUAGAGAAUCAAAGCUUCUCCAUUUACAGCAUUACCAAAACAAUAACAACCUUAACAAAUCAGCAGCUCCUCAACAACAUUGCUUCACUCAAAAAACAUCAACAAACUGGACUAAACCAAACCAAGGAAACGGAGACCAACAGCUUGAAUCUCCGACAUCGACGGUGACAUUCUCUGAGAAUCUUCUGAUGCCUUUAGGAAUCCCUACGGAUAGCAGCAGAAAUAGAAACAAUAACAACAAUGAGUCCUCGGCGAUGAUUGAAUUGGCCGUAUCUUCGUCAACCUCCUCCGAUGUGAGUCUGGUCAAAGAACAUGAACACGACUGGAUUAGGCAGAUCAACUGUGGUAGUGGAGGAAUAGGAGAAGGAUUCACGAGUCUAUUGAUCGGUGAUUCGGUCGGCCGGGGUUUACCCACCGGGAAAAACGAAGCGACGGCGGGCGUGGGGAAUGAGAGUGAGUAUAACUACUAUGAGGAUAACAAGAAUUACUGGAAUAGCAUUCUCAACUUGGUUGAUUCUUCACCGUCCGAUUCCGCGACGAUGUUCUGAUCUAAGGGUCUUCAACCAAACAUUUUUAAUUCUCAGAUUGUUUUUUAAAUGUCGAUAGCUUUCCAAUACUUUUUACUUAUCUUUAUUUUCUUUAUAAACUAUUAUAUAUAUAUAUAUAUAUAUAUAUAUGGGAUGAAAAUGAGCUUAAUUUUAGUAUUCGUUUUUGCAGAAUUGCAUGUAGCAAACCUGCAAAUCCAAUUUACAAUUUAUAUAUUAUGCUUUU